ACCGCGCAUGCACCACCCAUUUCUCAAACGGUAUAGUCCCGUUAUACUCGGGAAGAGCCAGGACCUGUACAAUCCCGUUAUACUCGGUCAGAGCUAGGAGCAGGACCUGUACAGUCCCGUUAUACUCGGGCAGAGCUAGGAGCGUUACAAUCCCGUUAUACUCGGGCAGAGCUAGGAGCGUUACAAUCCCGUUAUACUCAGGUAGAGCGAGGCGCUCCGAAUAGCGGUUUGAGGAAUGACGCGGAAAAGGCGAGGAGAACAUGUACACAGGAUUUCUCUAAACGCAAAUGCUUUGAUAUGGAAAAUGUGUUUGCUGCUGAGGUGGUGGAUUCCUGUACUAUUCCUGACAGAUCUCCCAUCAAGCUCAGCCAUCCAGGUCUCCGCUCGUGAAGACAGGAAGUAUGCCAUGCUGUUCCAGUCGGUGGUCCUGCCGUGUCAAUACUCCAGCAUGUCCACCCAGACGCCUGUGGUCCAAUGGUGGUACAAGUCUUACUGCCGCGACCGCACCCGCGACGCCUUCAGCUUCCCGGAGAGCCUGGGGGUAAGGGGGUCCGAGCUGGGAUCCUCGUCCCAUCUAGACUGCUCCGAUUCUAGCCGCACCGUCCGCGUGGUGGCCUCCGUCACCGGAUCCUCCAUCACCCUGGCCGAGCACUACAAGGCCAGAGAUAUUACUAUCAUCAACAAGGCUGACCUGCGUAUCGGGGAGCUCCAGUGGGGAGACAGUGGGGUGUACCUCUGUAAGGUGGUCAUCUCUGACGACCUCGAGGGCAGGAAUGAGGCCCCUGUGGAGCUUCUGGUGUUGGGUAAGACAGGUACAGGUGUGUCAGAUGAUCUCCUGCCUGACUUUGAUGUGAAGAUUAUGCCAGAAUGGGCCUUUGUGGGCUCGGUCGCCCUGGGUAUUAUCCUGUUCAUCUUGCUGUUUGGUGUGUGUUGGUGCCAGUGCUGUCCUCACUCCUGCUGCUGUUAUGUGUCCUGUUGGUGCUGUCCUGAGACCUGCUGCUGCCCACGACACUUGUACGAGGCAGGAAAGGGGUUGAGGAGCAGGGCUUCGUCCCCCCAGAUCGCUGUCUAUCCACCCUACUACGUACCUGGGGUCCCGGCCAUGGUCCCCAUCGCUCCCCCCUCCCUGGUGGACACUGGGAUGAUGUCCGCUCCCCCCUCUGUGUCAGAGAACAGCGCAGCUGGAGUGCGGCCUGUGUACCGGCUGCAGUCCACUCUGGAUCAGUCCUCUCUGGAUCAGGACUCUCUGAAGGUGUUGCAGCACGUAGAGAAGCAGCUGGCUCAUUUCCACCCGGCCAAGCCCCAGAGCCACGACUCCUGCAGUAUCUCAGAGCUCAGUUCUCUUCAUGAGAUGGAUACAGGGAGUUUCCGUCAGUCUUACCGCCAGAUACAGAAGAAGGCCCUGCCAGCCAUCCCUGACCACGACCGUGACCUUGAAGACAUCCCUGACCUCCAUCAUCCCCCGUCCUCCUCUCAGACCCGUCGCUCCACACGCUACCAGCACCGCCGCAACCGCAGCAUUGAGGAGGACCAUCAUCAUAAUAAUAACAGCAGGUGGAACCCUCGUUCGGAGCACCUGCAGCGUAAGGCCUUCCUCCUGGGUGGGAAGUCAGGCUCUCUGGAUGAGCUGGAGGAGUUUGCCCAGUGCUACAGACAGAGAGGCCCCAGGGAGGAGCUCACCGUCAGGGACAUCAGAGACACCGACCAGGAGUACGAGAGACUGGAGCUGCGUGAACGAGAAGGUGACCGGGAUAGGGAUCGAGAUCGGGAAUACUAUCCGCCUUCUUACCGGGACAAGACGACGAAACGUGGCUACCGUGACAACAGGGAUCGCGAUGACCGCGCAGAGACUUGGCGAGAACGAGAUCACCAAGAGGAUUGUCAUGGAGAUCGUCAGGGAGACCGACAACGCAGUCCGCCACUCUCGCCCAAGAAGAGACGGGGCACGUGGGACAACGAGCUGGAGCAGCGCCCCCCUAAACCCCCCGCCCCUCCUCCCCCUCCUCGCCAGAGCCCCCGGGGGCGGGACUACGAUGACGAACUCCUGAGCACUCUUUUGGAGCGCAAGACCAGACGGGGUGGGGCCAGUGACAGUGGGGGUGAUAGGGGAGGGGGGCGCAGCGAAGAGGACACGCCCUCAGACACCCCUUCUAAGGGUUCUAAGGGCUCUAAGAAGAGCAGCGGCAGUGGCGGCGAGCGUCACCAUAGCCGUUGGCCUAGCAACAGGGAGGUGGAGUUGGUAUUAGACUCACGGGGAGAAGACUCUCUACCCCCGUCCUGCCAGACUGCGUUAGAGCGGUUCAGAGCCGCUGAGCGCCCCUCCCCCUCCCCUCGCCCCUCCAAUGGAGGCUCCACCCAUUCUUCCCGCCCCUCCAACGGAGGCUCCACCCAUAGCCACGCCCAUACCCUACAGCAGGAGAGCGGAGAGGAGCGGGAUAAGCCCCGGAAAGUGGUAUGGAGGCUCACCUUAACAGAUAUACUGUGACUCAGAGCACUCUUCUUAGCAGAGACUCUCUCAUAGUUUGAUGCCUGGAGAGGACACAUACAGACACUGGGAAAGACACUGGGGAUCAUCCUCUAACCCCCCAUCACCCCUUACUGGGGAUCAUCCUUUACCCCCCCAUCACCCCACACUGGGGAUCAUCCUCUACCCCCCCAUCACCCCACACUGGGGAUCAUCCUCUACCCCCCCCAUCACCCCACACUGGGGAGGAGAGAGGAGAGGUUCUCAGACCACACUGGGCAAGCAGAGAACACCAUGGAGAGGUCAGUGACCUUGCAUCCAGCAGCAGAGGGAAUGGCUACCUCUGAGUGACAGGCAGUACAUCCACUGGACUGACCAUGGCACAGGACUUGGGACAGUCUGAUCAGGCUUCAGAUACACAUCGAUCACCAUGACCUAAGAGGAAGAGUAAUGUUCAGAGCUGGGACAAAGACCUCUGGAUGCACAGGACAAAUAGCACUGUGUGUGUGUGUGUGUAUUGGUGAAUGUGUGUAUUGGUGUGUAUGUGAGACAAAGUAUGGUGCUUAUUCCUGUCUGCUCUUUUGUGUGUGAGAGUGAAUAGUUUCUCCAUCUCCCUGUCUAUUCUAUUCUUCUCUCUCACUAACAACACACACUGAAUGACGAUGUCAUCCCGGAGUUUCUGUCACUGCCACCUCUACACAGUGCACGCUCUCUCUGUGAAGUCGCUGAAUGAUGAUGUCACUCUGGAGUUUCUGCCACUGCCCAGUCACGGUGGAAGGCCGGAGUUGAGACAACGUUUGGGUUGUGUUGUGUGAAUGGUGUGGAUCCCCCAUACCAUUGUGUUUUUCAGUGCCAUUGUAAAGCACCUAUUGGCCUUGACUCUGUGGAUAGAGGACACAGUGUUUCUUAAUCAUUGUGUUUAAUGCAAUGAUACAAUGUGUGUUAUACCCAGUAGGUUUGGACUAGAGGGUACUACUAACAGCGCUAGUGAGAGAAACUGGAACUUUAGGGACGCAGGUAGCCUAGCGGUUAAGAGCGUUGGGCCAGUAACCGAAAGGUCGGUGGUUCAAAUCCUCGAGCCGACUAGGUGAAAAGAAAUCUGUCGAUGUGCCCUUGAGCAAGGCACUUAACCCUAAUUGCUCCUGUAAGUCGCUCUGGAUAAGAGCGUCGGCUAAAUGACGUAAAUGUACUGGGUUGUGAUUAUGUGCCAUCUAUCCUUCGAAGACUGUUUAUAAUAGUUUUAUAAGUAGUUUAUCAACUCUGCCUGUCAUGGUGUGAUUACAAUGCAGUAAAUGAUUGUACAAGUGGAACUGAAAGCGCUUGUGUGUCUGUCUGUGUGUGUUUAAGAUAACCAAGGUGUGUUUAGUUUUCUUAUCAAUGUUGUGUAAACUGCUAAACACACAACUUUAUCUC